GAUUGUGUACAGUUUUUUGGUGGUGAUGAGAUCGAAGAAAACAUAAUGGAUAACCUUGUUAAGGUGCAUGGAGGAGGAGGAGGCUAUGACUCAGACUUCAGUGAUGAGGAUGGACAAGGAGAGUUUUCACAGAAAGGCCUUAAAAGGAAACGUGAGGAUGAAAUUUUGCAGAAGCCUUUCAAGAAAAGAAAGGAGUCCCAGGUUGCCCAUCGGAGUUUCCAUUCUGAUGAAGUCGACAGAGAGGAGGCCCGAAACAGAAGAGCCCACCUGAUCUCAAUGAAUGCUUUUGAGCGACAUAAAAAAUUUGUGAGUGACUACAUACUUUACUAUGGAGGGAAGCUGGCCGACUUCAAACGCUCCACAACCAAGGACAAAACAGAUCUGGAUGUGGUACGGGAGAACCAUCGAUUUCUGUGGCGGGAGGAGGAUGAAGAAGACAUGACAUGGGAAAAGGAACUGGCCAAGAGGUAUUACGACAAGCUGUUUAAAGAGUACUGCAUAGCCGACCUCAGCAGAUACAAGGAAAACAAGUUUGGGUUUCGAUGGCGUAUUGAGAAUGAAGUUGUGUCUGGCAAAGGACUGUGCCCUGAAUGCUCCUUCAAACUCAACUACCACCACAAGAGGAGAGAGGUGAAAGUCAAGAAGAGAGGGAGUCGUCCAGAGGAGGACCAGAAGCCGUUGCGUAAGAGUAAUAAAAGAAGAGCCAAGUCGUCGUCUCACGCAAAGAAACGAAAACACAAGGACAGAAACAAGAAGCAUAGAGACGACUCCUCCACAAGCAGCUCAGACGACUCCCAGAAUUCAGACAAAGAUGCCGAAGAUCGGGAUGAGUCAGAGGACCAGUCCGAAGCCGACCACUGGCGAGGGCCCGCCCCCGCAGUGGAAGAGAAGUCAAGGGAAGAGGAGUUCGAUGAAUACUUUGAGGAUAUGUUCCUCUGAACCAGUGAGGCCUCUUCCUGCUGCACCACCGCUGAUUAAGAAGAGUUGACGGAAGUUAAGUUGUGCAAGUGUGUGUGUGUGUGUGUGUAUGUGUGUGUGUGUAUGUGUGUGUGUAUCACUGUUUCUGAGAUACACAUUACCUGUUAAUCUGCCACUGUCACCCUUUCGCUCCCCUUACAUUCAGAAUAAUAAAAAUCAUAUGA